UUGAGAGCAUUGCAAAGAGAGUCACUUCAAGCGACAAAGAACAGACUUUAACAGAGAAGCAUCAUGGUGUCUGCUGGGCUUCAGAUGCUGGGCAUUGCCUUGGCAAUUAUAGGAUGGAUCGGUGUCAUCGUGGUCUGCGCUGUUCCCAUGUGGAAGGUUACGGCCUUCAUCGGCAGUAACAUUGUCACGUCGCAGAUCUCGUAUGAGGGAAUAUGGAUGUCCUGUGUUGUGCAGAGUACCGGACAGAUGCAGUGCAAAGUCUACGACUCCAUGCUGGCCCUCUCUUCAGAUCUUCAGGCUGCUCGAGCACUUAUCAUCAUUUCCAUUGUGAUUGGAAUCCUGGGCAUCCUUCUGUCAAUGGCCGGUGGCAAAUGCACCAACUGUGUUGAGGACGAGGGCGCCAAAUCCAAAAUCGGUAUAACUGCAGGUGCGAUUUUCAUCCUAGCUGGUGUGCUGUGUCUGGUCCCAGUGUGCUGGACGGCUCACGUCAUCAUUCAGGAUUUCUACAACCCCCUGGUACAUCAGGCACAGAAGAGAGAGUUGGGAGCGGGGCUUUACAUUGGAUGGGGAGCCGCCGCCCUGUUGAUCAUCGGAGGAGCUUUGCUUUGCUGCAACUGCCCACCAAAGGAAGAAAGAGGAAACAACACGGCCAAAUAUAACGCUACUCCUCGAUCAGACGCCUCUGCACCCACCAGUAGGGGGCAUAAUUCAACACACCAAAAACUGAACUGACAGCCAAAUGUAAACAUGUUAAUCAUGGAAAUGAAAACUUGCAUUGAGCUGUUUGUUUGUGUUAAGAUAUACUCUUUUAUAAUAGUUUUGAAGCACAUUUUUGUUAGCCACUUCAGAAUAUUCCCUGGCGUAUAUUUUAUAUACGUUUGUGUUGCCCCCUUUGAUCAUUACUUUAAUAACUGUAAAGCAGAGCACAGAACGCAAUCAUUUGAGCAGAAUACCCUGGUGAAAAAAAAGAUACUUUUUUGUAUUUUAAAUAUAUUUUAUUUUUAAACAAUACACUGUAAAUAUACAAACACAAUAUAGCGCACUUUUAAAUAAAUUAAAAGCUUAUUAGUAACAUACUUUUACUUAAUUAUUACCAUUUAACUUCAAAUAUACUUCUAAAAGGUGUAAUUUAGUAUAUUUAAAAAAAACACAAAAAAGUAUUAAAAAGUUUGAAAGCCUGCCUUUACAAUAUACUGUAUUUUCAAUUAAAUAUAUGUAAUGCACAAAUGUGUCUUGUAAAGGCGUUUUAAGUUCAGUAAUGUUUAUUUUGCUAAUACUGUCAAAGAAUCAUGUUACAUUCAUUAAUCCUUCCAUGGAAAGUUGCGUCAAUGCUAAUACUGUAUUGUGCACAGUGUCAUACACAGAAAUACAUUAACACAACUUUUGUCAUUAAACACAAUAUAACAGUA